UACUGACAGGCAUUACACCAUCGCCCCUGCUACGAAGGUCUUCCGCUGGGUUUGAUUCAGAUGUAAUAUUUAUACUCUCUGGAUAUCACUGAAGUUUUAUCACAACGUGAGGUAUACCCCAUAACUUUUCUUUUAUUUACAUUUUCCUAUUCAAUUUUACGCACUUGUCCCCUUUUGCCCUUUUUCCAAUGUGGAGUCGGAAGAUUAACAUGAUCCAUGCAAAGUGUAGAUAUCCCCAGGUACGCACGGAAUUGAAAUACAUCUGAUCUUUGGAGCAGCACCUUUGGGAGCAAAGAGGGUGCGCGCAAUGGAUUUUUAAACAAGGGAAAAUAUACUAAGCAAUGGUUGCAAAUUGAAUAUUUCGGCUCCCAGCAAGAUACCACUGUCUACACAGCCCGUGAGAGCGGAGCGAGGAGAUUUGGAGGGGGACAGGAAACAAUAGGCUAUAUUUUUCCCCUGGAUCAUUUUUUUUACAAGGAAGCACCUAAUGUUGCAUUCAGUGACAUUGUUGCACUCCAGUUGUUUAUCAUUACACUGGGAUUCAAAGGCACCUCCGGAAUUGUUCGCGUAGUUUAGGACGCUGGCGGGUCUAUCCUCUACUUCUCUCGGGGCUUUAAAACUGUGGAAACAGGUGUAUUUCAGCAAGUCAAGAUGUCUCUUCUGCCUUCGAGGUUCAUAUACCUGUGUUUACAUUUUCUGGUCCUCUAUUUCCAGCUCCAGGAAUCACAACAGAGCUCAGCUGAUUUUAGGAUCUAUAUCGAGAACCACACGCGGAACCCAGACGACCUGAGCCGGAAGCAGAUCCGCAUCUACCAAUUGUACAGCCGCACCACGGGCAAGCACGUCCAGAUCCUGGGCAAGAAGGUCAACGCCAACGGAGACGAUGGGGGCAAGUACGCUCUUCUUAUUGUCGAGACAGAAACCUUUGGGAGCCAUAUUCGAAUAAAAGGGGAGGAGAGUGGGCAUUACAUCUGUAUGAACAAGAAUGGCAAAAUAGUUGGAAAGCUCAAUGGAAGGAACCAGGAGUGCGUCUUCGUGGAAGAAUUCUUGGAGAACAACUACACAGCUCUCGUGUCAGCCAAGUACAAAGGCUGGUACCUGGGCUUCAACAGGAAGGGGAGGCCCAAAAAAGGAUCGCGGACCACACAAACACAACAGGAAGUGCAUUUCAUGAAACGCCACCCAAAGGGUAAGGUGGACCCACUAGAAGAGUUUCGUUUCACUACAGUAACUAAGCGGACACGAAGGGCACGUCGCCUAAAACACAACCCCAAAACAAACUGAUUGUCCAAUGGACAGCACACGCACUGUUGUUUCAAAGGCCAUGUAAAGCUUGUUGCCUUAAAACCCCUUAAAGACUCAUGUAAAAAGAACGAAGACAAAAAAGAAAAAAAAAUUCAGAGGUUUUAUUUUUAUAUUUCAGGAACAUUGAACAUCUCCCAACUGUUGGAUGUUUCUGGGUAAUUGUUAUAACGUGUCUGUUAUUUUAUUUAUACUGGAUAAACUAAGGACGACAAAGGACCCUUUUUGCCACCACCUUCUGCUCCUUUGAAUUGCAAACUGAAGGCAUCCUUCUGACAGCAUGAGUUUAUAAAUGUUAUAAAAAUCAUCCACUAGAUUUUAUUGGAAUACCUGUCAGUUUUGUUUGUGUUACCCCAGACAACAUGGAUCCCAUAUUUUCCACUGGAAUCGGGACGCCAUGGAGACGAAAUGGAGAGAGGCGACAAUGGCAGGUGAAACAGUUUACCUAGAUAACUGCGUAGCUUUGAGUGCAACAUCUGACAGUGCCCCCUCUCUCUCCCUCAACUCCCCCUCUGUCGAUACCUUCUGACUCGUGGCCUACUCUGGAUGGAAUGCGCUGAACACGUUGUGCACUGUGCGAUUUCUUUGACAUGUUGGUGUGCAACCUAUGAUUCAGCUGAACACAACAUGCUUUGACUAGCAAGACAUCAGACAGACGGGGUUGUAAGUUUUGUUUAACCUGAGUUGAUGUGGCUCAGAAGUGAACUGAGACAGAAACACUGACGCUGUUAAAAUGGGAAAUGUAAUAUCUGACCUCUUGUCUUACUUUCCUUAGUGUGGUAGAAUGGUUGAAAAAGACUAAUGAAUACUGGACAGCUUCUCAAACAUUGCCGUACAAGUAUAUGAGGUUAUCUUAUAUACAUAUAUUUUGACACAGAGCAAGCUAUCUGGUAUUAUUACCAUCUGCAUCCACCAAUUUACCCUGCUUUUCAUAGGCCUACAACCAAAAGGUGGAUUGUAUCACUGGUUGUUCAUGGUGCACCCAAGCACCCAUGUUCAAAGAGACAUCCCAAAAACUCUUCAUCUCUAACAUUGUGUUCAAUCAAGCCAGUUAUAUUGUCGAGAGCACUGAAUUGUUAUAAUGCGUACUAGGAAAGGUAUAUAUUCAUCCUACCCACCCACUAUCUCCGUAUUGUAAGACCUAACUCUUAAACCCUGAAAACCAUAUAACGAGAAAUGUGCUUAUUUUGGAUUCGGGGAACAGGUUGCGGCCAUCACUAGACCUGGCAACCAGAGGAGUUGUGAUCCCUACAGAACAAUGUUGACCAUUUGCCAGUGACGACAAAGUUCAGCCUCUAUUCCUGGGUACAGCUGUAGUAGCCUAUAUAUUCGUCUACCACCUGACAGGUUUUGUAUGAGAUGCUACUAACAACAUGACACAUUUAUGAAUUUUGAAAAUGUAUGCAAAAAUAAUUUUAUGACUAUUAUAAGAUAUUUAUUGCCUUUCUUUGUAAAUACAAUGUGAUGAAUUUAUUUGGCCUCUGUUAAUAAAAUGAGGACUAUAUUUAAAAAAGGUAUUCUAUGUGUUUAUAGUUGUGGGGCAAAUACUGUACAUGUGCCUUUUCUCUCCUAGACAUUGGGGUUAU